AUGAAAGACAAUCGGGGGUCAUCAAAUAUGAGGGGGGAAGAGUUCUAUCCGGCCCCUCCAAUGCCUCAUAUCAUCAAAGCCGUCAUAAGCGUCAUUGCUGUGCUUUGGAUUUCCGGGUACAUCUGCGGUGUGUGCUGGGCGCUAUACCGCUAUCCCCGCAUACUUGGACCUCUUAUGCCGCUCUUCAUUUUGCUGCUGUACGGGCAAGAACGCCGCAAAGUGGACCACUUCAUCGAGAUUAUCAAUCCAUUCAAGAGUCGACAACAACGACCCGGCCAGGAUGAUUUUCGUAAGAGUCUGAGAGAGUUCUAUGCUUGCCAACAUGAGGACACUAUCUGGUGCCCCAUCACCAAGCAAUAUAUCCCAUUGGGUGCCUGCAAAGCUGCACACAUUCUGGAGUACUCAUUUCCUGACAACAUGUUCGAGCUUCUCUUUGGCCCACGUGGCGACAAUGACACGGAUCCAACCAUGGUUGCGGAAAAUGGUUUAUAUCUCUACGAACCGUUCGAGUCUGCCAUGGACAGCGGACAACUUGUCAUUACACCGCAUGUUGUGAAUGACAAGCUUGAGUUGACAGCCCAUGUUGUGGAUGAGAACUUGAUGUCGACCGAUGUCCGGCAGGACAUGAACCGCAAAUGGCGUCCCCGAGGACUCAAAUGGAGAGAUAUUGAUGGAACACAACUAGAGUUUAAUCACCCUACCAAUCGACCAGGAGCACGAUUCAUUUACUUUCGCAUGCUGCAAACAAUCAUUCAGAAGUGCAUCUAUCAGCCUCCUGGGUGGGCCUACCGACUGAUGGAGUUUCUGGAGCCGACACUGUGGACAGAGAGGAUCUAUGUACCACCCGCAUCAUACCCUGCCGAUGGAGCAAUGAUGAUGCUUACAGAUUUGAUCAUCGACCGACGUGUCUUCGGUCUGAGCGCACUAUCUUUGCCUCCAGUAUUAAAAGGAGAAGAUGAUGUUGAGGCAGGAGAGGAUAGUAGCGUCGAAGAUGGUGUUAAGAAGCAAGGUGUCGAAGAGGAAGAGGAUGCUAUGGAACUUCUUGACGACUUUGUCGCUUUCGACUCAAGUUGCUUCGACUAG